AUGUCCUCGCCGCCUAGGGAUAGCAUUGCAAUUCCUCAGUCAGGGGGCUCUCCAGUACUUCGUCGUCGCGAGAGCCUGAACCCAGUGACAGGCUCACCUCAUGAAACCCAUGAAUGGCUUCCUCGACACUCUCCGACUCUUGUGCGGUCGUUCGAUCCGACUGACCCACAAGCUCUGGAGCGUCAGCGCACGAUGGACGUCGACAUGGCUAUGCAACUUUCCAGGGCUCGGAGAGAAACAGUAACCAUGCCAGUAUCACCAGUCGUGUCAUCGUCCCCGGAGCAACUGUAUGCGUCCAUAUCCGCGCUUUCGGAGAACGAGCAGAGAGAUAUUGAUGUGGCGCGAGGAUCGGUGAAGGAGGGGGACGGCGUCCACGAAAUGAUGGAUGGCGCACGCGACGACGACGAAACUCUACAUCCAGGUCUACACAGGCAAUCCUCCUUCUUGUCGCAACAACAUCUACAUCAGACACAAGACCCGUCUCUGCUAGUUUCUCUAAAUAAUGACGCGCAACCCGGGGAGGACCCUGCGGCAUCGACGUAUGGUCUGCCGACCUACCAGGCGAACGUACUUCCAAGCGCUUUCGACUUUGGCUUAAUGGAAGAAUUUGCUACAAAGGAGAAGACGGACCUUGGUCUUUCAUCCCCCACCGCAAGAUUUAACCUCGAUUCUCUUCGCACUGAUCGUGGGGAUGCCUCCGCGCCAGCCUUGGGCGAAGGGAGUAGCUCACCUCAAUCUAUAUUGAAGUCAGCUCGACAACGCAGGCUGAGUCAAAGCACUCCAGCUCCUCGUACUCAUCGAAAGGGAGUCGGGGGUAAAAUGGCUCUGUUUGAAAAUAACAACGACCAUUCAUUUCUCCCCGGAAGGCUAAGCGUCAUGCUUGGUGGACAGGGGCCCUCUAGCUCGUCAGCAUCUAUAGAGCAUGUAGCGGGUGCAGCUAUUGCAGGCGCUAUGUCUAGUGCUCCUGGUUUACCUUCAGGAAUCCUUUCAACUGGGCACGAUCGGCCUUACCGCUUUUCCUUUUAUUCAAACGCCCAUUCCGCCACCAUUCAUGCUCGCAGCCUGAGCGAACUUCCCGCCGAAAACCAAUCCUUCGAAGAUUUGUUCGCCGGAGUGGGAUCCCGCCAGCCCUCAGUACCUCAACCUCAAUCCCAGCCUCACCCUCCCGGUAGCGGCACGAAGGAGCGUCCGAUAUCAUCGACGUCGUCCUUCCCCGCAGAUGCUAAGCGCGCCUUCGUGGCCAACUCUCAACGAUUGGGAGGCGAUCCGAGGCGACCUGGCAUGUCGACAAACGACGAUUACGAUGGACAUACGUGGUGGCUCGACAUCAAUAGCCCCACGGACGAGGAGAUGAAGAUGCUCAGCAAGGUCUUCGGGAUCCAUCCUCUCACGACAGAAGAUAUCCAAAUGGAGGAAACUCGAGAGAAAAUAGAAUUAUUCCGCAAUUAUUACUUCGUCUGUUUCCGCAGUUUCGACCAGGAUCAGUACAGUCCAACCCACCUAGAACCACUGAAUAUGUAUAUAAUAGUUUUCCGCGAAGGUAUAUUAUCGUUCCACUUCCGCCCUACCCCUCACCCACAGAACGUUCGGCGGCGCAUUAAACAACUCAAGGACUAUAUUAACGUUACAUCGGAUUGGAUAUCUUAUGCGCUUAUUGACGACAUCACGGACGCAUUUGGACCCUUAAUUCAAAGCAUAGAGUACGAGGUCGAUAGUAUAGACGAGCUAGUGCUCAUCCUGAAGGAGGCGGAGCAGACCGAUAUGUUGAGGCGAAUCGGUACUUGUAGGAAGAAGGUCAUGGGUUUGUUGAGGUUGAUGGGUAAUAAGGCGGACGUAGUGAAGGGACUUGCGAAGAGGUGCAAUGAGAACUGGAGAGUUGCUCCAACCUCGGAUAUCGGCCUUUACCUGUCAGAUAUCCAGGACCAUCUUAUUACCAUGACGCAAAGCUUGAAUCACUACGAGAAAAUCCUUUCUCGCUCGCAUUCAAACUACUUGGCGCAAAUAUCUAUCGAGAUGACGGACGCGAACAACCAGAUAAACGAUGUGUUGUCCAAGCUUACGGCUCUUGGUACGGUUCUCAUUCCCAUGAAUUUGGUCACUGGUUUGUGGGGCAUGAACGUGCAUGUACCUGGGGAAGGCGUGGAGAAUUACAGAUGGUUUGGAUCUAUCAUUGCAUGCCUUGCUGCUUUCGCUUUCAUCGGAGGAUACUCUACCUAUCGUUUUAUGGUUCGGAAGUGA